CUUCGCCAUUUUUUUAAAAGAAAAAUUUUCUACAAUCGUGUUUGGACUUGGCUUUUGAUAUCUUGACGCCUUGGCAGUUGAUUCCUCGUCAGUCGUCCCGCCCCUCCUUUUGGUGAGAGAUAGCUAUCGGGCAGCCAUGGCUCAUGUAGCUGUUUGCCCCGUCAGCUCCCACAAAUUGCGGCCUUUUCAUUUCAACCUCCGCCCAUCUCUGCACAUUCAACACCCCUAUUUCCAACACCUCAAGAGCCGUAGACGGUUUCAUCAUCAGAUAUUUUGCGAAACGAAUCCUAAUCGCAAUCCAGCCGAGUGUUGCCAAACGGCUGAUUCUGUAGAAAAGGUAGAUCCUGGCUCUAGCAAUAGUGUUGCUAGCAGUGAAGUUUCAGUUUCCUCCAAUGACAGUGGAAGGUUUCUUGACUACCCAGACACAAAUUUCAAUAGGAGAAUAGCACUGGUCUCUGCUGUUGGAGCAGUGGUGCUUUUUUUGUCACGGCGACUUGAUUUUGGUGUUUCUUUGAAAGAUCUUUCUGCUGCUGCUAUGCCUUUAGAGAAGGCCCUUUCAAAUGGAAAGCCUACAGUGGUGGAGUUCUAUGCAGAUUGGUGUGAAGUCUGUAAGGAAUCAGCUGCGGACGUGUAUAAAGUUGAGCAGCAGUACAGAGUGACUCUCCUGUGCUAGGCAUUUGUUGGCUUAUUAGUCAGAUUACUCAGAUGUUUCACCAAACACAAAAAACUUCAUUCAUAUAUUUCAUAGCGUUGGCUGAAUAUGAAAAAAGGAGUACAAGAUUUGGCCAAUUCAGUCACAAUGGCAGCAGAUGUUUUUUCCCCUACCAAACACUCUUCUUAAUAAACAGGGACAGAGUGAAUUUUGUGAUGCUAAAUGUGGACAACACAAAGUGGGAACAAGAGCUUGAUGAGUUUGGAGUGGAAGGCAUCCCCCAUUUCGCAUUCCUCGACAAGGAUGGGAACCAGCAGGGCAAUGUUGUUGGUCGCCUUCCAGGGCGGUACUUACUUGAAAAUGUGGAAGCCCUCUCUCAAGGAGGGCAAACAUCUGUACCCCACACUCAUAUGGUGGGCCAGUACUCUAAUACUGCUGCUGGAUCGCGUGAACUCCAACGAGUGGUGGGUCCCAGAAGUCAUGGUUAGCCCCCAACACCAUGUCAUACACACAACUUGCAAACUUGGUGUUUGCUCACUUAACAAAUUGUUUGUAGACACACUUUGUUCAUAACAUUGUUUGCCUCCACUCUUAUAUUAGAGCAAAAGCCGACCAAAAACAUUGUUCAUCAUACUUUUGUAAAUAUAUUUCCUCUUCAUUACCC